CUUCCCCUAUCGUCUACUAUGGCUGCUACACGAUCUCGUCAGCUGCUGCUGGACGUCUACUCCACCUUUCUCCAGGCAGACAAGUCCGCCUCAUUGAACACUUCGACCGCCUUGCCUGCUCUGGCGAGCCAGAUUGCUGAAGCUACUGGCAAGGCCAAGGAGCUCUUUGGACCCGAUGACUCGAGCAAGAAGGAUGUCGAGAGCUGGUUGAGCAAGAUUGACGCUGGUCAGGAGGGCGAUGUGCAGCUCCCUCCUCCUCCUCGACCACGCCUACCUGCCCUUUACCAGUCCCUCGAGAAGCAGCUCGAGUCAAAGACAUACCUUGCAGGAACAACGCCCACGGCAGCCGACAUUGCCCUCCUCGGCGCCCUCUACCCCACCGUCUCCGCGGCCGGUCCUUCUGAGCAGUAUGCCCACCCUUCCGUCUCCCGCUACAUCUCCCACCUCUCUCACCUCUACUCCACUUCCGAGGUGAAACCUUGGGAGCCGGCCUACGAAGGUAUGCCCGCCCUGCAGAGGAAGGACCCAGCUCAGGAGAAGAAGGAGAAGUCAAAGGCCAAGGCUGACGCGGCUAAUGGAGCUAGCAAGGAAGCCAAGAAGGCCGGCAAGCCAGAGGUCAGCGCCGUAGCUGGCGCAGCUGCCGCUGCUGGAGCCACCAACAACAAGGGCGAGCAGCAACAGCAGAAGAAGGAGAAGAAGGAAAAGAAGGAAAAGGCUGCAGCUGCUGAGGGUCAGGAGGGAAAGAAGAAGGAGAAGCCUGCAAAGGGAGGAGGUGGUGGGGGAGCUGCAGCUGAGCCAUCUGUUCCUAGCCCGGCCAUGAUUGAUCUCAGGGUAGGCAAGAUCGUCGACAUUCAGAAGCACCCCGACGCUGACUCGUUGUAUCUCGAGAAGGUCGAUUUCGGAGAGGCAGACGGACCACGAACCGUCCUUUCGGGGCUGGUGAACUUUGUGCCAAUCGAGCAGAUGAAGGACCGAUGGGUGGUGGGCAUCUGCAAUCUCAAGCCUCAAGCAAUGAGGGGCAUCAAGUCUCACGCCAUGCUCCUCUGUGCGACUGCUAAGGAGGGCAAAGAUGGAGGCGUAGAGCCGGUCUACCCACCGGAAGGAAGCGCUGUUGGAGACCGGAUCGAGGUGGAAGGGUACGAGGGCCAGGAGCCCUUGGAGCAGCUGAACCCGAAGAAGAAGAUCUUCGAGGCGAUCCAGCCAAAUUACACCACAACGGAUGCAAAGGAGGCUGCUUGGGUUGGGCCCUUGGUGGGAGCAACAGGGGAAGGAGCAGACCAGUCGAAACCAAGACUGCUCAGGACGGCAAAGGGAGUCUGCUAUGCGGCCAACUUUGCUGGAGCUACCUUGUCAUAGAGGUCCCAGGCAAUGCACUACCACACUUCAGAUCGAGCUCUUUAGACUUUGCGAUUGACUUGAAUGCGUGUGUGGUGCUCCUCUUGCUCCUUCGUUCUCCACUUGCCCUGCCCCUCGCUCCCCCACCAUCUUGAUUUGUCUCUGUCUCUUUCCUCCUCAUCGUCCCAUUUGGUCGCUUGCAUCGGCAUGUAUGGUCCACUUGGUCAUCCUCGCAUCAUGGGUCUCUUCUCCAACUUGGAGUGAAACCUCCCGACAAUGGUUUUAGUGGCCUAUCAAUCCCCCUCCCAAAAAGAAGGAGGACCUUUUCAGUCUUCCCCUCAAUCCUCCCUAAUUCCAACGUCCCUCCCCCAAGGAAGCACGAGAGGAAGAAGAAACGUUGUCCCUUUUUUCAUGGGAAGCAGAAAAAUGCAACAUGAUCCCACGCCCUAGGCCCGACUGUCGGGAGGAACAGAGGUCCCGUCGACC